UUCUCAUACUGUUAUGCCUAAGCUUUGCUUAAAUCAAUCGCGGGUUUUUCCCUCGAAGACAUUUUUAAAUAAACCGAGCUAACUUCAUCCUCGUCAAAUAAUUGAAUAUGAAUGGAGUGAGCAGCGAGCGUUCCGAAAACAGAGCAGGAGAGAACAGAAUUAUGUUCGGUGCACAGAUUACCGAGAUUACGGAGCGUUCAUACGGCAACGUGCGCACAAUCAGCGUGACAUUAUUGGUUGGCAGAGAACGUCGCGUAGGGAUGAAUGGAGGCUCGUGCGUAAGCGGAAUGAAGCGAAAUGGCCGUAAUCGGACGGGACGGGCCAAUAAAGAUUCCCUGUUCGAUGGUGUGACGCGCCGCGUAGCCGAGAACUAGGAAAACAAACGGGCGACUCGGAUUCUUUGCUCUUUGCGAGUGGACCGCGGCGCGCGCGACGGGGAUAGUGAAUGAAUUUACUGGGUUGCCGAUAAAAAAGGUGAAUUUCCGGCGACGAUGCGCAUGGACCGGUCGGCAAAGUGCCCGCGGCUGGAUUGUGAGGCAUGCCGCGCGGUAACUUUCACUCAUUGACCUGUCGACAAGCAGCGAGGCCGACGCAACAGCAGCACCACCAUCAACACCAGCACCAGCACCAGCACCAGCAACAGCAACAGCAACAGCAACAGCAACAGUAGUAGUAGUGGUAGUAGUAGUUAGUAGUAGUAGUACAAGAAAGGAAACGAUUAUCCGUGCCGACCGCGAUUACCUCCCGCUUUUCCGGAAGAGAGGUUUUAUACGACGUCGGACGAUCGCGGGAUAUUUUUUUUUCACGCACGGGAUCUCUCGGACACACGGCGCGGCGUAACUGCGUCCGCAUGCGUAAUAAUUGUCUCCUUUUCCGACGGGCCGAUCGAAAUACAUUGUCCGACCGGAGAGCACUCUUGGGGUACUCCGCGAAGGAAGGGAAGUUGCUGUAAUGGCCGCCGUGUCAUGAAAUGAAGGUGCCCAGUCAGUUUUGUGGUGCCACAAUGGAGGAUAGCUGCAGCCCCGCGUCCCAGAAUCACAACGGCCAGCUGGCCGGCGGCGCGAACGUAUCCCUCGCCAACAACAAGCACCAGGGCGGCAGCGACAAUGGCAGCAACGGCGACGCCAAGGACCAGCGGCCGCAGUACUCGAUGCCUGGCAUUCUGCACUUCAUUCAACACGAGUGGGCCCGCUUCGAGCUCGAGAGGUCCCAAUGGGAGCUGGACAGGGCGGAAUUUCAGGCUAGGAUAGCUUUUCUUCAGGGUGAAAGAAAGGGACAGGAAAAUUUGAAGAACGACCUUGUAAGGAGAAUAAAAAUGUUAGAGUAUGCACUUAAGCAAGAAAGAGCGAGGUAUCAUAAACUAAAAUAUGGUACUGACUUAGUAAUGCAAGGAGAUGUCAAACCACCUCUUUAUGAAGAAGGUACCACGUGCAAUAUCUCUGAAAGUGGUAGUGGCGGUGGUGGUGGUGGUGGUGGUGGAGGAGGGGGAGGAGGGGGAGGAGAUGGAGAAGCUUCAUUUACAUCUGUCAGUAAUGUUAGUUGGAGACAAGGUCGUCAACUUUUGAGGCAGUAUUUGCAAGAGAUUGGAUAUACUGAUACAAUAAUAGAUGUACGGUCAAAUAGAGUGCGAUCAUUGCUGGGCUUAAACAAUAAUACAGACACAGAGGAGAUGAAUACUCCAGCGUUAAACGGAAACGAAGGAGUAGCACAGGAUAAACAAGAAUAUAAUGAAAGUCUUGUACGCCGAGGAAAGCAACAACAUCCUCAAAAAAAGCAACAGCCAUCUUCUAUAGCAGAAGCAAUGAUAUUAGACACCGAAGCGGCUGUUAUAGCGAAUUUCGAAUUUUUGCGUCACACGGAUAUGGAUAUGGAAGAAGAAGAAGGAGAUGUAGAAGAUGAAAUUUACGAUGCAAAUACAGAUACCAAACCAAAUAAAGCAUCUAUUCCUCUUCUAGCGGAGGACGUUGAUACAGAUGCAGAGGCAGAAGAAGUAUUAAAUGAAUUAAAUCUUCUCACAGAAAUUGAAGAAUCACCGCCUGGUUCUAUUCAUCUAGAAAUGAAUUCUUCAGACUGGAAUGCGUUACAUAGAGGAUUACAACCAGAUCCAAGACGUCCAAAUAAAGAAGGUGAUUCUACAUUGGAAUUAGGCGAAUUAGAACAAUUAUGCGUUAACAAUGAUGCAGAAAUAUCAUAUGAUAUGGUUUCCACCACAAAAGAAACCUUCAGAAAAACAUGGAACGCAAAAUAUACGUUACGAUCACAUUUUGAUGCUGUUAGGGCACUUGUCUUCCAUCCCACAGAUCCAGUCCUCAUCACUGCGAGCGAUGAUCAUACGUUGAAAUUGUGGAAUCUUCAUAAGACUGUACCAGCGAAAAAGUCAGCUUCGUUAGAUGUAGAACCACUUUACACAUUCAGAUCACACACUGGACCUGUAUUGUGUCUAGCCAUGUGCAGUGCCGGCAAUCGAUGUUAUAGCGGCGGCUUAGAUGGCAAUAUCCAUUGCUGGACGCUUCCAUCAGCUAACAUCGAUCCGUACGACUCAUAUGAACCAAGUGUCCUUAGUCACACGUUAACAGGACACACGAAUGCUGUUUGGGGUUUGAGCAUGUAUCAUUUGCGUCCUACCAUGCUGUCGUUCAGUGCAGAUGGAACUGUAAAAUUAUGGGCUCCACAGGCCCCACAACCUCUUCUCAAUACGUAUGUUUCGGAACAAGAUGGCAUACCGACUUCAGUUGAUUUUAUCAGGGACGAACCGCACAAGCUAGUCGUAGCUUAUGAAGGAGCUUGCGUGGUAUUUGACACUGAAACCGGCGCGAUCGUAGCGCGACUCGAAGCGAACGAAACGAAAGGCGUAAAUCGCGUUGUAGCACAUCCGACAUUACCGCUCGUUGUGGCUGCACAUGAGGAUCGACAUAUUCGAUUUUAUGAUCACCGAUCGGCUACUCUUGCACACGCGAUGGUAGCGCAUUUAGAUGCAGUUACUAGUCUCGCUGUAGAUCCCCAUGGUUUAUACUUACUUUCAGGAAGUCACGAUUGCAGUAUAAGAUUGUGGAAUAUGGACAACAAGACUUGUGUUCAGGAGAUAACAGCGCAUCGAAAGAAAUUCGACGAGAGUAUUCUGGACGUAGCGUUCCACCCAUCACGACCGUUUAUAGCGAGCGCCGGCGCAGACGCUCUCGCCAAAGUGUUUGUGUGAAAUGUGAAAAAUCCAAGAUACAUUCACUACAUCAAAAUGAUUUCUACUAUUACAUCAAAUCGAGCAGUUUUUGUACUCGUAUUCAUUUUAGAUAGCCUUAUAUAACUUUAUGUGUCCACCGACAUCACAUACAUACAAACACAACAUAUAUAAAUAUAUAUAUAUAUAUAUAUAUAUACACAUACACACCAUUCACACUUCCGAUAUAUUUCCGUUAUAACUUUGAUCGUUCUACCAUUUCCGAGGUAUCAAUUUAUAAAGAAAUCAAAUCGCUCGCGUAGGUAUUCAUAAAGGAAAUGAAAAUUAUCAGUACUUGUCUGUGACAGUUUAUGGGGGAGGGGGAAGAAUAAUUUUAAAUAUAUAAACGCUGCUUGUUGAUGUUAAUCAUCAUUAAGUAGCCGAUACUAUUUGGUAUAGCGGGGAGGGGUUAUCAUGUAGAAUAUUAGCCGACAUAGUCCUGAUAAUUAGAUAGAGGAAUCAGCCCCUUACCCACAGAAUCCAGGAAAUACACUGCCGCGGUAGCGUAAUAUUUAUCCUUACGUUAACUAUUUAUUACCAAUAUCGCUGUUACUGUUGCACAGCUACUGGGGAUUAAUACAAUCGUAAUAAUCGACGAUACAGUUGUCCUAAUAAAUAAAAAAAAA